UCCGAUCUAAUGCGUUGCUAAAAUAUUUCAAAGUUCUAAUAGUUAAGAAAAUAUUCAUUGUUGUUUAAGGAUAUAUUGUAUAACGUUUAUGGUUUUUCGAACAACUUUUAUUUAUAGAAAUUGUAUUGUUUGUAUUUAUGAAACAAAUUUAAAUAUAUGUGUUAUAUUUUCGAUGUCUUUUAUAUCAUAUGAAGAUCAUGUGUUAUUCAGGCGCUGACAUAUAUUGUAAAUAAGGUUGCAAAAGAUUAGGCUUAGAUAAAGACGAAAACUAUUAUCGAAUCAGUUUGAUAGAUCUGUCAAUUUUCUACAAUAGUUAUUAUUAAUAUUCGUCAAGAUGGGGAAACGACAGCAUCAGAAAGAUAAAAUGUACUUAACAUACACGGAAUGGACAACAUUAUAUGGUGGGAAAAGAUCUGGUCCUCUAGAAUCUAGCGAAGAUACCACAUUUCGACGUUUACCAUAUGAUCAUUGUUGUUUGAGUUUAAAACCACUCGAACAUCCUUAUUGUGAUGCGCAAGGGCAUAUCUUUGAAUUGGAACCACUUUUGGAAUACGUAAAAAGAUUUAAACAUAAUCCUGUAACAGGAAAAUCUUUAGAUCCUAAAACGUUAAUAAAACUGAACUUCUAUAAAAAUGCACAAGGACAAUAUCAUUGUCCAAUUCUUUUUAAACCAUUUACAAAACAUUCGCAUAUUGUUGCUAUUAAAACAACAGGAAACGUAAUGUCAUAUGAGGCAGUAGACCAAUUAAACAUAAAGACUCGCAACUGGAAGGAUUUAGUAAACGAUGAGCCUUUUAUAAGAAAAGAUAUAAUUACUAUUCAAGAUCCAAAUGAUGUAACAAAGUUUAAUUUAUCAACAUUUCAUCAUAUUAAAAAUAAUAUAAGAGUUGAAGAUGAAGAGGCUAUAAAAGAAAGAGCCGAUCCAACUGCAAAACUUAAAACAGUAUCUAUGGAGACAAAAGAAAUAUUGGCAGAAUUAAAAAGAGAUUAUAAAGAACCAGAAAUUAAAGAAGAAAGUACUAAACCGCAAGCUGAUAAGUUCAAUGCUGCUCAUUAUUCGACUGGUGCUGUAGCUGCAGGAUUUACUUCUACGGUAAUGCCAAGAGAAACAACUCAUCAAGCUGCAGUAAUUGCAGAAGACUUAGUUCGAUAUGAAAGGGUUAAAAAGAAAGGAUACAUAAGAUUACUCACAAACUUUGGUGCUUUGAACUUGGAACUUCAUUGUGAUCUUGUACCAAAAACAUGUGAGAAUUUUGUAAAACAUUGUCAAAAUGGUUAUUAUAAUGGUACAAAAUUUCACAGGUCUAUACGAAACUUUAUGAUUCAAGGAGGAGAUCCAACGAAUACUGGUAAUGGUGGAACAUCUAUUUGGGGUAAAGCUUUUGAAGAUGAAUUUAAACCAAAUUUAAUUCAUCAAGGAAGAGGUAUUCUUUCAAUGGCUAAUUCAGGACCAAAUACAAAUGGAUCUCAAUUUUUUAUCACAUUUCGAUCAUGUCGACAUCUUGAUCGAAAACACACCGUUUUUGGAAAAAUUGUUGGAGGUUUAGAAACGUUAAAUACCAUAGAAAAAAUCGAAGUAGACAAUAAAGAUAGACCGAUCGAAGAUAUUAUAAUACAAGGAGUAUUAGUCUUCGUAGAUCCUUUUCAAGAAGCCGAGGAACAAUUAAUUGCCGAAAGAGCAGCAGAAGCAGAAAAAUUAGCACAGGAAGCGAGUAAAAAUAAAAAUCCAGAUAAAAAGGAAGGAAAUGAUGUUCUAAAAAUUUAUCGUCCAGGCGUAGGCAAAUAUUUAAAGAUAAACAAUGAAGACAAAGCAGACAAAGAUGAAGCAUUAACCAUAGAGCCAGCUGUUAAGAAGAAAAAGGUCUUAACGAAUUCUUUUGGAAAUUUUUCUUCUUGGUAGAAAUAUAAUAAUAUUUAAAAGUAGUAAGGUCAGUGUCGAUGGAGAAAUCUGGAUUACAAGGACUCCAGUCCUCCAUGUUUGAAGUUCGAAUGCGCACGGUCGAAGAGGACAGUCGCGCGUCGUACCGUAGUUUGCGGUAUUUCGGACGAUCUCACGAUUUUUGUGUGU